UCUGCAACAGGAUGUUACUUUUACUUGGAAAGUGGUGGUGGUGUGCCACUGUUGUGUGUUCCCUGUCUGAGGUUUCAAGAGGCUGGUACACACUGCCUUCCUCUGACAGUUCUUCCUUGGUCUUUCUUUUUGAGGAACCAUCCUCAGAUCUCCCCCUUCUCUAGACAAGCACUGGGAAGCGAGAGUUUCGCUUCUCGGAGACUCGAAGCCGAGAGGCCUGCGGGGAGAAACCCCCUCUCGCUGGAGGCGGCGUGGGCGUGUCACGUGACCUGCGCGCUGCCUGCCGGGAAGGCCAACGCUGCAGCCUCCUCAUUCCCGCGCUUCGGCCUAGGAGGAAGUUCCUGCCUCCAGAAUAUGAUGGCGAGUCACCUUGUAAAACCUGAUACUAGAAAUUGCAAGAGACCAAGAGAGUUAGAGCCUCAAAUGCCAGAUAGUCCACAGCUGUCCUCUCUUGGAAAAUCAGAUUCUUCUUUGUCUGAAAGCUCUGGACUAUUUUAUAAAGAUGAAGCCCUGGAGAAAGACUUGAAUGAUAUGAGCAAGGAAAUUAAUCUAAUGCUGUCAACAUAUGCAAAGAUCUUAAGUGAGAGAGCAGCAGUAGAUGCAUCUUAUAUUGACGAGAUAGAUGGACUCUUCAAAGAAGCCAAUACUAUUGAAAACUUUCUAAUACAGAAAAGAGAGCUCCUGAGACAGAGGCUUACAGUGAUUGCAAACACACUACACAGAUAAAAUUGUGUACUUAAAAUAAGCUGAGAAUUUAAGCUCAUUAUUGGGUUUUUUUCCAUUUUUUUUUUCAUUAUCGUUUUAAUGAAAGAAUGACAUUUGUGCUCAAUGUGCUCUAGUUGUUAAAAAAAAAAUUACACCUUAAAUGUAGAAGGGGAAACCUUUAAAAUUUCUUUUCUAGAUUUAAAAGCAUUAAGAUGGACAUUAAUAUGAAGUAUGUAGCCUUUCUUUUGAAGUCUGAUAUUUGGCAUAUUUUGUAAAAGUGUAAACUUUAAAUUUUUUCUUAAACAUCCUAGCCUUUCUUAAAUUUCUAAAACAAGACCCAGUGGAUUAAUUUGAUAAUAUUUAACAGUAUUCUACUUUUUCUUUUAGAAUAUUUUGUUUAAACAGUAGAUAGAGAUUUAAGGUGUCUUUCAUGGUUAGCAUUGAAAAGAAAUUAAAACCCAAAAGUAAUCUGUCCAGUUUCUCAAUAUGUAAACUGUGCUAUUGCUAUUUAAUAUUACCAUUUGAUUAUUUUCACUAAUAUUAUUAUACAAUGUUAAUAAAAAUUUGUUUUAUUAUCAUGUUGUUUUUAUUAUCUAUGUUGGAGAAGGAAAUGGCAACCCACUCCAGUAUUCUUGUCUGGAAAAUCCGAUGG